GGAUUCAGUCCCCUUUUCUCAACAGGAACCAAACAUCGGAGGUUUGGGUAACUGCUCGCUGUAUGUCACGUUAGUAAUAUAGGAAGUUGUGUGUUUUUCUGAAGUUGAUCGCCUGUUCACACACCUGUACUUCAAGAAAGUCAUAUUUCAGCUGCCACGGUAGUAUCUUGCUAGUUGGCACACGUUGAUUAGCGAAAUUGUAGAAAUCGGAGAACGACUGCCGAAGUCACUCCCUCUCCUCCAGAAAAGAUGGCGGCCAUCCCACUCUCUCGAUCAGAGGUCUUUGGGCAGCUGAGGAAGGAGUUGCAUGACGAUGUUGAAUUCCACCAAUCAGACGUGCACAUCUUCAUCAUAAUGGGUGCCUCGGGGGAUCUGGCCAAAAAGAAGAUCUACCCCACACUGUGGUGGCUCUUCAGAGACGGGCUGCUCCCUGAGGAGACCUACUUUGUGGGCUUUGCCCGCUCCAGCCUCACCGUGGAGGCCAUUCGUGCUGCCUGCCUGCCCCACAUGAAGGUAGCAGAUGGAGAGGCGGAGCGUCUCUCCGUGUUCUUCAGCAGGAACUCGUACCUGAGUGGGCAGUAUGAUAAUGAGAGCUCCUUCAGCCAGCUCAACGCUCACCUGAGCGCCCUGCCGGGGGGGCGUGAGGCCAACCGUCUCUUCUACCUGGCCCUGCCCCCCAGCGUCUACCACAGCGUCACCAAGAACAUCCGCCACCAGUGCAUCAGCACCAAGGGCUGGAACAGGGUGAUCGUGGAGAAGCCGUUUGGGCGGGACCUGCAGAGCUCGGAGGAGCUCUCCGCCCACCUGUCCUCCCUGUUCAGCGAGGACCAGAUCUACCGCAUCGACCACUACCUGGGCAAGGAGAUGGUGCAGAACCUCAUGGUGCUCCGGUUUGGAAACAGGAUAUUCGGUCCUAUUUGGAAUCGGGACAGCGUGGCCUGUGUGGUCUUCACCUUCAAGGAGCCCUUCGGGACCCAGGGGCGGGGCGGCUACUUCGACGACUUCGGAAUCAUCCGUGAUGUCAUGCAGAACCACCUGCUGCAGAUCCUCAGCCUGGUUGCCAUGGAGAAGCCAGCUACCACCAGCUCCGACGAUGUGAGGGAUGAAAAGGUGAAGGUGCUGAAGUGCAUUGCCCCCGUCACACUGGGUGACAUGGUGCUGGGACAGUAUGUGGGAGACCCCGCGGGGGAGGGCGACGCUAAACUGGGGUACCUGGACGACCCCACCGUCCCCAAAGGCUCCAACACCCCCACCUUCGCCACCGCCGUGCUCUACGUACACAACGAGCGCUGGGACGGCGUUCCCUUCAUCCUGAGGUGCGGUAAGGCGCUAAACGAGCGGAAGGCCGAGGUGCGGCUGCAGUUCACCGACGUGCCGGGCGACAUCUUCGGCGGCCAGUGCCAGCGGAACGAGCUGGUGGUGCGGGUGCAGCCCAACGAGGCCGUUUACGCCAAGAUGAUGAGCAAGAAGCCCGGGGUCUACUUCAGCCCCGAGGAGACCGAGCUGGACCUCACCUACGGCAGCCGCUACCGGGUACCACAGUGCACACGCACACGCACACACGCACAUGCAUACACACAUGCACACGCACAUACACGCACGUACACGCACACACACACGCACGCACGCACACGCACAUAAGCACUU